AUAGAAAGAAACAUUCGGAGUUGUUGACUUCUCUAAAUUUUGAAUUUGAGAAAAAUGACCACUAGUGCGCUUCCAUGAUUUGUUGUGCUCAACGUCUCUAAAGCUGAUACAAGCACUUACGUAUACCGCAAAGACGAUGGCUCAGUCGUUGCUGGAGACGACGACAUGUUCAGCCUGCUCGUAAAAGUUGAAGUCGAACGAGCUAAAUCUCACGACAAAUAUGUUCAUCUCCGAUUUUGUUACAACAACAAAUAUUGGCAAAAAAAGGAAAAUGAUAACUCGAUCGUGGCGGUGUCAAACAAGCCUGAAGAGGACAUCACGAAGCCAUCGUGCACGCUCUUCGAGCCGAGCCUGAUGUAUUUUGUGCGAUAUUUCACUCACGCCCAGACCGGUUGGCGUGUGAUGAUGAACAACUCCACCGGCGCUUUCUACCUCGACGAUAACAGCUUCGGUGCGGCUCUAAGGUUUGUGGAUUGGGAGACAUUGGUGAAACUGCCGAAACACGUGGCCUUUUUAGGAGACAACGGGAAAUACCUCAAGGCAUAUGGAGGACAUGACGGCAUCAAUUACCUCCAGUUCGGAUCCGACGAUCCGAACGACGUCUUAUCAGGCCACCAAGUCUCACUGAUGCGGGACGGCCACGUCCGGAUCAAGUCUGAUCUCUGGGGUUCGUUCUGGCGGAGGGCGUCUGAUUGGAUUCAAGUGGAUUCCGAUGAGCCUACCGCGAAGACACUCUCUUCUGGCCGGUCAGAAUUAGUGAUAAUAUGAUCGCGCUGAGGAGCGAUGGAUUACAUGGCCGGCGCCACCACUGCCGUCAA